UUUUUCUUCUAGCCUCGGCAACGCAAGCGUAGGUCUGCGUCUAGUCCGGUCUGGUCGUUCGUCUCUCUGUUCUCCUCUCUUUCCCUCGCCACGGGAGGGUUAGGGUUUUUUCCUUCUCAGAUAUGAUGAACUAGGCACUUCAUUAUAUUAGAAGAAGACGACGACGAAACAGAAAGAAUAUGGCGAACAGGACGGAUCCGCUGGCGAAGAGCAUUAGGGGGACGAACCCGCAGAAUCUGGUGGAGAAGAUAGUGCGGUCGAAGAUAUAUCAGAACACCUACUGGAAGGAGCACUGCUUCGGCCUUACCGCGGAAACCCUUGUUGAUAAGGCUAUGGAGCUUGACCACCUCGGUGGCACCUAUGGCGGCAACAGUAAGCCCACCCCCUUCAUGUGUCUCAUCCUCAAGAUGCUCCAAAUCCAGCCCGACAAGGAAAUUGUCGUCGAAUUUAUCAAAAAUGACGACUACAAGUAUGUGCGUAUUCUUGGUGCUUUCUAUCUUCGGCUUACGGGGACCGACAUUGAUGUGUACCGCUACUUGGAGCCUCUGUACAAUGACUAUAGAAAGUUGAGGAAGAAACAAGAUGAUGGAUACUUUACAUUGGUGCAUGUUGAUGAGGUCAUUGAUGAGCUUCUUACCAAAGAUUAUUCUUGUAAUAUUGCUCUUCCUCGUAUUAAAAAAAGGUGGACUCUCGAAUCUCUCGGUACCCUAGAACCCAGGAAAAGUGUUUUGGAAGAUGAUUUUGAGGAGGAGGAAGAGAAGGAAGAGAAUGAUGGACUUGAAGAUGGAUUAGAUAAUGAAAAGCAGGAUUAUUACCGUCGGAGUCCUGCAAGAGAAAGAGAGCGGGAUAGAAGACGUGACAGUCACAGACACAGGGACCGUGACUAUGAAAGAGAUCGUGAUUAUGAUAGAGACAGAGACUAUGAUAGGGAUAGAGAUUACGAUAGGGAACGGGGACGUGGAAGAGAAAGAGAGAGGGCCAGAGACAGAGACAGAGACAGGGACAGGGACAGGGACAGGGACAGGGACAGGGACAGGGACAGGGACAGGGAUAGGGAUCGUUAUCGCUUGAGAGAGGAUAAGGAUUAUGGUCGUGAUAGGGAGAGAGAUAGAGAUAGAGAGGGUAGGGAAAGGGAGCGGCGUGAGAGAGACAGAGAUCGUGGCAGGCGUAGGAGCCAUUCAAGGAGCCGAAGCAGGAGUAGAGAACGCAAGAGACAUGCCCGUGAUAGCGCCAGCCCUAGAAGACGUGGGGAUGGACCAGAUGAUGGUAACACUCAUGAAGAGCCAAAGAAGAAGAAAGAAAAGAAGGAAAAGAAGGAUGAUGGAACGGACCACCCAGAUCCAGAGAUUGCAGAAGCUAAUAGGCUUCGUGCAUCCCUGGGCUUGAAACCUUUGAAAUUAUAGGCAUGUGGAUAGUGGGUCUGUUUUUUUGAAAAGUUUUACCUUAAUUUGGAUGGAUUUGGAAAGGCAUGUGGAUCUUCAUCACUACAUGGCUAGUGUCACCUGUAUCAAAUAUGAGCAGUAACCUAUGCAACUGGCUCGGGGCAUGUUUCUUAUGCUGGUUUUGCUUGGUUUUCCUGUUAAAUCUAUGCUUUUCACAUAUCAGACAGAAUUUGAUUUGCUGGCACAUCUUUCACUUUAUGUUGUUCGAAAAUAUUUUCUUGACAAUGUGCAUUCCCAUUAGUUUUCCGAAGGGCUGCAGAAUUUUCUUGGGAGAGGGAGAAAUAUCUGCCGUUGCACUAAGAGAUGGACAUAUGAAAGGUUAUCGUGCAAUGCCUGUACCUUAUUUUUCAUUACUUUGUUACUGGAAGAGAAUUGGAAUUGCCUGUAAA